AUGUUGGAGGGUGAUGCUCAAGAAUGGUGGCAGGAGUUAUAUCAUACCUUGCAGAUGGAGUUAACAGAUAUCCCUUGGCGUAAAUUCAAGACGGAAUUUUACGAAAAAUAUUUCUUACAUGCAAUUCGUGUUGCAAAAGAAUUGAAGUUAAUGCAACUGAAGCAAGAAAAUAUAUCUGUUGCUGACUAUACCCGUGAAUUCGACAACUUGUGUAAUCUAUCAAGAGUUUGUCAAGGAAAUCCAGCCGACUAUGAGGUGUGGAAGUGUGUUCAGUAUGAAAAAGGGCUUAGAAGAGACAUUUUCAACUACGUGAGUCCGCAAAGGUUAACGAAUUUUCCUGAAUUGGUUAUGAAAAGUCAAUUCGCAGAACGUUACUCUAUGAAGUUAACAAUGUUACAGGAAGGCUAUGGAGAGACUACUCCGGAUGAGCCGCAUAGAGCCGAACUAGGUGUAUGUUAUAAGUGCGGGAAGCCAGGGCAUAUAGCUUGA